AAUUGUGCAAGGGUGCUAUAGGACGCGCUAAACCAUAAGAGCCACAAAUCAAGCACACAGGUUUAUGCUAUUUUACCUUUAAAAUUAUAAAAACAACAACAAUAGCUACAACGAGAAAACGGUGGAAUUGUCAACAAAUGAGCUCCUAUUUUGUGAACUCAUUCUGCGGUCGCUAUCCCAAUGGCGCGGACUUCCAGUUACAUAAUUAUGGAGACCAUAAUACGGGAAACGAGCAAUACAGAGACUCAACAGCCAUGCAAUCGAACAGGUAUGGCUAUGGCUAUAACGGGAUGGACCUAACAGUCGGGCGGACCGGUACCGGACACUUUGUGGGCGACGAGCAGACACCGGGCUACUCCCCGAGUCACUCAGCGGCAACAACACCGUUGGUGGAGCCGGUCAGGUACAACCAGUCCGCCAGCAACACCAGAACAUCGUCUCUCUCGCCACCACCUGACCCACUACCGUGCGCCUCGGUCGCCACCUCGUCCCCGGUCCACGAAACUCAAUCUCAACAUCGAGCCGUGAAAAACUCUAUAACGUCCCCGUGCUCGAGCUCGAACGGAGGCACGCUGCUGCUCAACCGGGACUGUGUGUCCAAAGCUUCUCCCCUCGAGGAAGAGAAGCCUGCGGGAAGCGCACCAACAACUCCUCAAAAUGUCACCGACUCAACACAGCCACAGAUAUACCCGUGGAUGAGGAAACUACAUAUAAAUCAUGAUUUGUCAGGGCCAGAGGGUAAGAGAGCCAGGACUGCUUACACCCGGUACCAGACCCUGGAGCUGGAGAAGGAGUUCCACUUUAACCGGUACCUGACCCGCAGGCGGAGGAUCGAGAUAGCCCAUGCCCUCUGCCUCUCAGAGAGACAGAUCAAAAUCUGGUUUCAGAACCGCAGGAUGAAGUGGAAGAAAGACAACAAGCUGAAGAGCAUGAACAUGGCGGCUGCAGGCGGGGGAGGCUACAGGCCUUGAUAUUCACUCCUAUGAUAAAGAGCACUAUAAAAAAAUAAAACAAAGAUUGUCAUAUCAACUUCUCCUCCUAUUUCAAAAAGCGCAGAGACUUGUGAACGGGCUGUGUGCGGGACAGGGGACACCCCACCUCAGCCCAUUGUAUGUUCAACAACUGUCCCAUUAUAUUCCUUAAUAUUAUUUACUUUUUAUUUCCACCGUGGUAAUGCUUGUGUGAGUAAAAAAAUUAAAUGCAUUAUGUACAGUCAUGACUAGAUUUAGUAGAGAAAGAAAGAAAAAUAAAUGUUUGUUUAAAUUAUUUCUUGUUCAGACGAAGAAAAAAAAACCGUCUACGCUUGAAAUGCUACCUACAUACCGCAAAUAAAUCCAGUAAAAGUUGUGUGAUAAGAACAAUACCAGCCUAAUAAAAAGAGUGUUUAGCCUCCGUUUUCUAUAUGUAUGUAUUGUAUAUGUAUGUAUUUAUUUGUUUGAUGUAUUGUACCAAUUUGUCAGAUAACUUGCUUCCAAAAGUAGAGCCAGCAGAGUACGUGAGCCUUGUGUGGUUAUUGUGUGCAUCGUGAACACAUGUAUGGACAAAGGUGCCGACUCAGUCUUGUAUGUACAGUAGCUGUGCCAUGCAUCUAUGUUUUUUUUUGUGUGCUGCUGUUUGCGUUGUUCACCUGGAAGCAACAUUUUAGUAAAAACGUGUUUUGUCUUUGUUACCUCUCGCGGUUUUUGUGUGGAGGGUCACCACAGUAAAUGUCAUUGCCUAUGUGUAUAACUCCAUCGUGAUUAGCUUUUUGUAAAUGUUUUUCAAAGACUGGAAGUCAAGAAUAUACUAUAAUAAUAAUAAUAAUAAUAAUAAUAAUAAUAAUGAUGAUGAUGAUGAUGAUGAUGGCCAUUAUAAUAAACUUUCUACUGGAACGGCAA